GUAUUAGAAUUAAGGUUAAUAAGAUAGUGAAAGUUCAAUGUGUAUAAUUCUUUAGUAACAAUUUGUAUAUUUUUCCAAGUUAAGCCAAAAUUGUAAUUAACUCCUAUAAAUCUCAAUUUUUAUAUGAUUUUCCGCCAGACAGGGUUUUUGAAGGAAGCGCGAGAGAAGCCCCAAAACUCUUUUCAGUUUUCCUUUACUUUGCAUUUUCCCUAAACUGUUAAAGCACAAGAUGGCUGAAGAAGAAGUUUCAGCCGCGGCAUCUGAGGCAUCGGUGACAACGACGGAGCAAACUCCUGGCCCCAAAAAGGAGGAAACCCUAGAAACGCAUGGUUCAAUCGAAGCCACUAUCGAAUCUGUGGUUCGAGGAGGCACCGAGUCGACAUGCAACAAUAACAAUAAUGCUGAAAGUUGUGUAGUUGCUUCGGAUGUUGAUCGAGAGAAGAGGCUGGAGUUUGCAGAUGAGUUGACAGAGAAAGGAUCCAAGGCUUUUAAAGAAAAUGAUUUCAGCGAAGCUGCUGAUUGCUUUAGCCGUGCCCUCGAAAUCAGGAAGCAAAAUCCAAUUAGGAGAGGCAUUAAAGCAACAACCCAACAGAGGGUUCUGCAUCAUGGUGAACUUGCAAUGGAGUGUCUCAAUGCGUACUAUCUCUACGGGCGUGCACUUCUGUACAAGGCUCAAGAGGAGGCUGAUCCUUUGGUUUCUAUACCCGAGAAAGAGGGUGAGACUCAGAAAGACUCAAACAAAGAAGGGUCGAUUAAAGCUGCUGUAACUCGUGAAUCUUCAGUUGCUUCUGUAUCAAGUAAUACCGAAUGGGAUGGCAGUGGAAAAGAGGAGGAAAGUAGUGAUAAUAGUGACACUGAUGAUGUGGCUGAAGCAGAUGAGGAGGACGCGGAUGAGUCUGACCUAGAUUUGGCAUGGAAAAUGCUAGACGUUGCCAGGGCAAUUGCUGAAAAACAGCAGUUGGGUGACACCAUGGAGAAGGUGGAUAUUUUAUCAGCAUUGGCUGAAGUUGCCUUGGAAAGAGAGGAUAUUGAAUCUUCACUCAGUGACUACCAGAAAGCUCUGUCCAUUUUGCAACAGCUGGUUGAACAAGAUGACCGACAAAUAGCUGAACUAAAUUUUCGAAUAUGUAUGUGUUUGGAGAUUGGCUCAAAGCCCAAAGAAGCAAUUCCAUACUGUCAGAAGGCCAUCUCAGUUUGCAAGUCUCGGAUGGAGCGGCUCACAAAUGAAGUAAAGAUUUCCUCAGGAUCCGCUGCCUCUGAAUUGGGUGAUGGUGUACAACAGUCCACCAAUGGUUCUCAGACUGCUAAGUCUAUCAAGGAUAAAGAAGCAGAAAUUAAAACACUAGCUGGACUUGCUGAAGACCUGGAAAAGAAGCUUGAAGAUCUACAACUGCUUGUCUCCAACCCAAAGUCGCUUAUUGCAGAAAUCCUGGGAAUGGCAUCUGCCAGGGCAAGGGGAGGUGAGAGCAGUGCAUCUCCUGCUAUAUUGAGCUCUUCACAGAUGGCUACUGCUAACAACGAUGGAGAUUUUGAUUCUCCAACUGCUUCCACUGCUCAUACGAAUGGGGCUGCACCGGUCACACAUCUUGGCGUUGUAGGAAGAGGAGUGAAACGUGUUUUGAUGAGUACUGAUGCAGUAGAAUCGAGCUCAAUAAAGAAACCUGUAAUCAACCCACCUUCUGACAAAGGAGAUGGCAGCAGUGCCUCUUGAUUUCCGUCCUAGAUUUUGAUAAUGCAUGCCUACUAAUUCCCAGUAACUAGUAGUCGUUGGUGUAUGCUGUUGAACCAUACAACACUUAUGGUUUAUCAAUCUUUCUCCUUUAGGUGAUACUAUUACGAUCUAGCGUCUUAAUGAGCUUACGGGACAUUAAUGGAGAAAUUAUGUGCUACGUUUGACUUGAAAAAGACAUUAUCCUCUGUUUUGUUUCAGAGCCUCUGAAUGGUCAUACUUACAGCCACUACCACUAACUAAUUAUAUUUGUGAUCAAGAUAGUAAGGACAGAAAGUAAACAAGGUACAAUACUUUAUUGCUGCUCUAAAACAAAGCUAAAGAAUUAGUCUUAGACGUUAUUGCUUUAAAAAAAAAAGAAGAAGAAGACGUGUUUUAUUUUUGUUUUCCUUUGUAUUGAAUAUGUGGGUUGUGUACAUUAUUUUUGAGAUUAUCUUAAAGGUUAAGCAUUUUAUCAAUGUGGGUAACGUAUUUGUUGCCAAAAUUUGGGGUUGUAGGGCAAUUUUUUCUUUUUUCCUAACUAAUGUGGAUUGGUU